AUGAACGUGACAGAAGAGGUUUACAAAAAACAUAUUGAGAAGAAAAAGGCUGCAAGACUAGAAAAAGAAGCUGAUAAAAAGUUGGCUAUUGAUGGAAAAAUUACGGUACUUACAGGAGAUUUGCAGAGCGUGAAGGUUUGUCCCAAAGUUCAAGCUAGUGCUGUCUAUUAUAAGACAAAGCUUUGUUGUCAUAAUUUUACAGUUUACAACUUAGCAACUCACGAAGUAACCUGUUAUUGGUGGCAUGAAUGUGAAGGCGAGCUACAAGCAUCCAACUUCGCUUCUUGUCUAGUAGACUACAUACAAGAGAAAGUUCCUAAAACUAUUCCACUAGUUAUUUUUAGUGAUGGAUGUACAGCCCAGAAUCGAAACUCUAUCAUGGCUAAUGCUCUUCUUGACUUGGCUAUGAAAGAAAACAUAGUAAUCACACAAAAAUUUUUGGAAAAGGGCCAUACCCAAAUGGAGUGUGACUCCGUACAUUCCGUUAUUGAGAUAAAACUAAAAAAAAAACGACAUAAAUCUACCUCAUGA